UACUCUAGCAAUAUUUUCUUGGUUGUUUGGUUGUUCGUGCGUGUGUCAUUUUUGUGUUUUGUCGUGCACUAGAAAUUCUUUUUUUGUGUGUGUUUUAUUUGAGAAUUUUUCUUGCCCUAUUUCUCUGAGGAAGUUUAAAAAUGUAGGUCCCAUUACGUAAUUGCCCGUUGCUGCAGUGCCAAUCCGUUGUGAAACAAAACAUCCUAGGCAGGUGAUGAUAAGUAUCCACCUUGGAUUCACCUUACACUUGAGAGACAUGAACUGGGUAUGCAUAAAAUGAUCUGUGCCCUUGAAGGCUUCAGGCUAUAAAAUUUUUAAAGUGUGCCCUUUUUUAUGUUUUUGUUUUUGUUUUGUUUUGUUUGUUUUUUCUGGUUAACCUAAAACACAUCAUGAAUUAACAGGCAAGUCGAUUACUCGGUUUUGUCUUUGUUUCUCGUAGAACAGCAAAAACCUCAAUUCAAUUCUGAUUAACCGCCAUGGAAGCAUCUUGUAAACACUAAAUCAGAUUGUUUGGGAAUGUCGAUCUUCGGGCCUAUCAAUUUUGCGGUGUUGCCUAAAUUUCAAUUUCAAUUGCUCUUGGACGAAAACGUAUCGGAUUACUAUUUAAUAGAUAACCAAGCAUGGGCAUAGCGAGGUUUGUUUAUAUGGAGAAAAACGCUGACAAGUCAUGACAAAAAUGAGUAGAUGGCAUUCAUGCAUUACUUAUAAUUUCCGGAAAAAGAGAUGAAUGCUUUAUAACAAAUAUUAUAAAUUAAAGUCAUUUUUUUAUUUGUCUUUCCACCGUCUGGCAUCUGGCAGUUAUGUUUCUGUCGUGUGUGACUACAUGUAGAUCUUUUGCACUUCUGUGUAAACAUAGCUCGUGAACACUUUUUAUAUUAAUAUAAAUUUACUGUGAAGGGGAAGGUGACAAUCGUACGCCAGAAUAUUUGCAUUUUGUCUUGACCCUUAAAUUUUCAAUUCUAGUUUAAAAAAGUACAUAGGAAUCACUGUUGGAAGUCAAACAAACCGAGGGUUAAACAUAGUUACUGAGCUUUCCUGACUGCACCUAAGUUGCGAGAAAAAUCAUAUACAACAUUGAAGCAGCUGCAAUUUAACUUGAUAACAUUUCCUUUAUGACAAUUGUUGUCGUUCCCUUGUUUAACGAAAGUAUUUAACGUUGCUGUGUAUACUUGUUAACGAUUUUUGUUAUCCAAUUGCUAGAACAGUUUUUAAACUAUUCCCAGAGUUUGUUUACAUGCAUCUUUCCACGAAGACUUCAUUUCGAAUUAGGGGGAAAAUCGUGUGAGUUUAAAUGACAUAGGCUUUCUUUUCGUGGUACUUUUAUUGACUCAAGAGCUUUGCCUGUCACCGUGUGUCAAUAGCCCUUGUCAUCGUCUUCCGUUGACAAAUAUACAAGUACGUGGUGUUAAGUUUUGGUCAGGAGUAAGAAAAAGAAAAGGUGUUUUUGUCUUUCACACGCUAUUUGAAGAUUCAGAAAUUUUUAUUGGCUUCGAGCAAAGACUGAACAUCGCUGAUUUUGUAUCUUGGGGGCGCCUUCCACAAACAUCACCUGUUUAAACCGUCAAUAGCUGUCAAGAGCAUUGGACAGGCACAGACAAUUUGACGCUUUGCGGUUGGUUCCUUCCCAAUUCACCACUGGAUGGAGAAGAAACAGUUUUUAUGAGCCUUAGCCCUGUACAUUUUGGAAACAUUACUGAAAGCAAUGUAACGAGUUUGACUUUGGUUGCCAAGUUACCGCAAAGCUUCAGAAACGAUUGCCGUGUUGGAUUUUUUUUUUUACUUGCGAGGGAUAACUCUUACCUCGAACAAUCUGCAUUGCCUAGUAAACAAAACUGUACCAAUCGACUUAUAGCAACUAUAGUGCAUUACAAGAACACGGCAUCAGAUUAGCUACCUUUAUUUCGAUGUAAUAACCGCGUUAUUAUACCUGGAGGCUGACCUGACUUCCUCUAAGGGUAGGAAUCACCAGUGUGGUCAGUAUUCCUAUAUUUACACCACUUAAUCGCGGUCUUCAGUCACGAACUAAAUCAAAGCUGAUCAAGCGAACUUCGCCUUUCACCUAAAGCGUUUGCAGAUCUUUCGAUAGCUACCAUCGCUUGCAGUUACAUGAGGUAAUCCAGGCAGCCAUUACUGCACUGAAAACGGUCGUUCUUUUCUCUGUCUUCAAACCAACGGUGGAUGAAUUAUGACAAGAUGAACAAGUCAAACGACACAAGCGUCUCGGAUCAGGUUUGUCGAUCCGAUAUCUCCUCCGUGACUCAAGCGAUAGAGGUGUCUUUAUACAUUAUCGUAAUGCUGGUGUCUUUGAUCGGGAACGCCCUUAUUUUUGCCGUUGUUUAUAAGAAUCGACGAAUGCGCACGCCGGUGAAUUUCUUUGUCGUUAACAUGAGCAUAGCAGAUAUUCUCAUCACUGUGUUUUACAUGCCAAGAAUGAUUUCCAGGAUUUGGUUGGGCAGUGAGUGGGGCAUUAGCGGAGGACUCGGCCAUUUCCUUUGCAAAGUCGUCCCUUUUACACAAGAACUUUCCGCUUCCGUGUCAGUGUUAACUCUCAUUCUUAUGGCGGUGGAUCGAUUUUUCGCGGUCUUGUUUCCCUUUAAACGGACCUUCACCAACACCGUGGCGUACAUUUCCAUCGCUUUUGUGUGGCUAACUGCCAUGGCUGUUCGAUCACCAAUGUUCUACGGUCUUCGCUUCGUGCAACAAGAAGACGGCAAAACAUUCUGCUCUCUUAGACUGGACUCCGAAAUAGCUUUCAAUAUUUACUCCAGGUUCGCAUUUAUUCUGUUCUACGUUAUCCCGUUAUCUGUGAUAGUUGUGCUGUACGGUGCUGUACUAGUGUCCCUGAAGAAACGAAAACCUGUCGGCGUGGAUUUGACCACAAUACAGCGGAAAUACAAAGAUCGUUUGAAGCGCACACGUAAAGUGAUGAGUAUGUUGUUUACCAUUGUUUUUGUGUUCGCUGUGUUUUGGUGCCUUCACUUUUUCUUUCCCAUCCUAUUUGCACGCUACGGAGCAAAGGUGUGCGAGUUAAUUUUUCCGGCGUUCUUCCUCGGUCAUGCGACCAGUGCAAUAAAUCCUUGCAUUUACCUUAUUUAUAUCGAAAAUUAUCGACGCGGAUUCCAAGCGAUUUUGAACCCGCUUUAUCGGAGAUGUUUUUCCCGCGUGACUUUUGCAAACUCCAGAGUUCUGCCCCAGGAUUGUUCAGAUGUUGUGGCAUCAAGAUACGAGGAUAGUUACAAUCUAAGUCUUACUCCCGGCACAUUGGACUUUGAACGGACUGUCAGGCCCAGACCAUUUGAAGACCUUACAGUUGCAGAGAUUUAAGAAGACAUUCACUAGUAUGUAGAAUAAUAGUUUACUAAGGUAGACAAGCAUCCACGAAGUUUUAGUGAACCACGAAGAAGUAAGGAUGGAUUAGAUUGGGAAGGAUUAAGGCGGAUUACGAAUGACGAACGUGAACAUUCGGCAUCCGGCCAUUAGAUUGCUCCUUUGUUGGUCAUAAGAUUUUCUACCAUGCUGUUAUCAUUCAUUAGCUAACACAGGAAUAACAAUCAACAACUGACACAGAAAUAAUAAUUCACAUAUUUUUUUGAAAUAUAAUGGGCAAAAUGGCUGUGUAGCUCAGGUGUAGUAUGCAUGCAGAAAAAUACGUAAAUAUAGCAGAAGAACAAAGUUGCAACACAACUUACGGCCAAGUGAUCUAGUGGCGUUAUAAAGUAGGGAGAGCUAUUCAAAUUAAUUAUUUUUAGUGCUUCUACGUCCUGAGUGCAAUACAAAGUUAGUAAAUAAAAACGCAUUUACUCUCAGAU